UGAGUCUGGGUUUUCUGCCCGGCCGGUAUCUCGAGCGCACACGGGGGGCGGAGAGUAGCCUACACCACACACAUACACACACACACAUGCAGAGCCGAGAACGAGAACGUGCGGACAGCAACAGCUCAGAAAUGGAUGCUAUGUCAGAUGAGAUGAGUACACCUCUGCUCCCAGACACAGAGGCCCCUGAUGAUCCUCCACUCCUGGCUCCUGGCCAACCCACGGUGGCCAUCCUAGGUUCUGGCGACUUCUCACGCUCUUUGGCUGUGCGGUUGGUGGCGUGUGGGGUCAGCGUGGUGGUGGGGAGUCGCUGUGUGAAGCGUAUUGCUCCUGGACUCUUUCCAGAUGCAGUGGAGUUGAGGAACCAGGAGGGAGCAGUGGCAAAAGCCGAUCGACUGGUGUUUCUGGCUCUAUUCCCUGAGUACUACCCCUCUCUGCUGGGCCUGAGGGCUUCUCUGGUUGGGAAGAUUCUUAUAGAUGUAAGCAAUGCAGUGGAGCUGGGCAGUAGUAAGGUGUCUAAUGCAGAACGACUAGCUGAGAUGUUCCCAGAAAGCGUGGUGGUCAAAGGCUUUAAUGUGAUCUCUGCUUGGACACUGCAGACUGGAGCACAAGACGGCAACAGGCAGGUGCUGCUGUGCAGUGACAGCACGGAGGGAAAGCGAGAAGUUGCCCAACUCACACGUCGCAUGGGCUUCCACCCGGUGGAUCUGGGUGGCCUAUGCCUGGCUCGGGACCUGGAGAGUGUACCCCUGCGUCUCUUCCCAUCAUGGCGUGGCCCUGUUCUCACCACCUUCCUCCUCUUCCUCUUCUUUUAUGGCUAUGGUUUUAUCCGAGGGAUCCUGCUCCCAUACUUGGCUUAUGGACGCAAUUCCUUCUACCGCCUGGCCCUUGACCUGGUGAACGAGAGCCUGCCAGCCGUGGCCCUGGUCAUUCUGGCACUGGUGUACUUGCCAGGGCUGUUUGCAGCAUGGCUUCAACUGUGGAGGGGCACCAAGUACCAGCGCUUCCCCGGCUGGCUGGAUGUCUGGCUGCUGCGGAGGAAACAGCUGGGCCUGCUGAGUUUCUUUUGUGCUGCCCUGCAUGGAGUGUACAGCCUCUGCCACCCGUUACGCACUGCCACCCGACACAGGCUCAUCAAUGCUGCGUACACACAGGUGAAGGCAGGGAUAGAAGAACCAUGGGACGAGUUGGGUGCAUGGCGCUCUGACCUCUACCUGUCAUUUGGAGUGCUGGCACUGGGUGUCCUCUCACUGUUAGCCAUCACUUCUCUCCCUGCAGUGGGGAACAUUCUUACCUGGAGAGAGUUCACCUUUGUUCAGUCUGGACUGGGCUAUGCUGCUCUGACGCUCUCCGUCACGCAUACACUGGUCUUUGGUUGGGACUUUGCGUUUUCCCCCCAGGCGUAUACCUUCUACAUGCCACCCAGCUACAUACUAGCCGUAGCUCUGCCGUGUGCUGUGCUAGUGUGCCGCUGUCUCCUGCUGCUGCCAUGUAUCUCUGCCAGGUUGGCAAGGAUACGCCGGGGCUGGGAGAGAAUACGCAAGUGCCCUGUCCCACAGCACCAUCAUGCAGGGGACAAUGGGACUCUUCCGGAGGUGUAAGAAAGCAGGUAGGUCAGACUAAGGGAGUUUUCUUGAGUCAGUAGAUUCCAGGAAAAGAAAAAACACCACUACCAUUGUAAAGGGGAACAUAGUGGACUGUUUUGCACACCUAGCAGGUAUUCAUUGAUUUAUUUUAACAGUAUUGAGGCUAAUAGUGCUUAAAGCUAUUGAACUUUGAGUCUUUCUUUUUUAAAACAAUCAAUUCAGGACUUUAAAUUGAUGCUAAUUCCUGGACAGCAUGCUUUUCAGUGUGUUAAUUUAAUAAAGAAUUUUUUUAUGACAAUCAAAUGCACAUUAGAUGACACAUGCACUCUUUUCACACAUUAAACUGUGUAUUUAAUAAUUUUUAGAAAGUACAUUAUUGUCAUAAAAUUAAACUUAUUUGUAAAGUUCUUACUAAAACACAAAAAACUGUUUACAGAAACUGACACAAUGAUAACAUAAUAAGGCAAUUACACUAUUUUAAAGAGCUGUUAACUUUUACCUAAUAAUAGUUUAGGUGAUUGUAUGGCAAUUGAUACUGCCUGAUAGAUGUUUGUUGUAUAUUUGUAAAUGCUUAAAACAACUAUUAUAUGACAGUAUUAUCACUGCCCCUGUCAGCAGUGUAGCUAAAAUGUUGAUGCACUUACAUUUUUCUCAUUGCAGAAACAGCAUGUGACUACAACAAAGCAUGACUUUUACCUGUCUUUCUAUUACCUAUUGCCUCUAACUUUCUUUAAAAUCACUUCAAGAAAAGUGAACAUUGACAAAUGUAAAAAUCCUUUAAAGCUAUUUGAGAUUCCUUCAGUAGUAAAACAUUUGGUGCUACACAACAUUUCAGCCUUAGUCAAAAAAAAGAUACUAGAUCUUAUUAGAGUCAAUCUGAUACAUGUGACUUUCAGGCCUUAGCAUUUUAAUAAUCCAAGCUUUCAUGGGUCAGUCCAGUUCAGAAGCUUAUAGAAGUCAUAGAACCUCUGAACAGCAUACUUCAGGUCAUUAUGAUAUGGUAAGGACAUUUAGUUUUUUUUUUUACCAAUGCCUCUCCCUUUGUUAUACCUGCCAAGGACAUUUUUGUACACUAUUAACUUUGUACUACCUUAGCAUUAAUUUCAGUGCCGUUAUUACAGAUAUUGUUUUAAAAAAAACUUUUAAUGAAACUGUAUUGCUAAUAAAUAAGCAAUAAUUGUAAUUUGUUCUAUUUGUAUUAGAAUGUACUAAAACAUAAUUUUAGGGUUAUUGCUUUAAAAUGUAUGUAAUUUUUUAUGUACCACAUUUUCUGACAAUUUACUUGGGUCAUGCUCCAGAUUCUUUUAAAUGUUUUUUUGUUUUUUUUUUAAAGGAAACUGAAAUGCAAGGGACAAUAGCUUACCCUGUAGUGUUACCCUGUUUCUGUCAGUCAGGUCAUCAUAACUGAGAGGAAUGUCACCCAAGAUUUUAUUCAUGUGCUUUGUGAAUACGAGACAAUGUAUUUAUUUUUUUAUUUUAAUGCAACUCCUUUUAUAAUGCUUCAUGUAUUUAUAAUUCAUGUUAUGCAGUCAUGUCCGUAAGUACUUAGAGAGCGGCACUAUGUUUGUAGUUUUGUUUUUUGUAAGAGAUUUGAUGACUUAAUCAAGAAGUGAUAAAAGUACAGAUCAGCCAUCGCCAACAA